AUGGCGCUCGAUCUAGACGCGGGUUAUGUGGCUCCCGGCCUCGGCCUCGCCCAUGGUGGUGUCGAGACCACGCUGCCCAUCUUCAAUGUCGAACGGGUCCAGCUGCAGUUCAACAUCGCCUCCGACUUCGUGGCCGCCCAGGUGGCCAACAAUGUCUUGAUCCUCGCCCUCGCCACCGGACGCAUCCUCCGCAUCGAUUUGGAGAGUCCUUCAGACAUUGACGAUGUCGACCUCCCCAAGAAGACCAGCGAGGUCGGUCUCAUCCGGCGCAUGUUCCUCGAUCCCUCCGCCUCCCACUUGAUCAUCAGCACUACCCUAGGAGAGAACUUCUACCUGCACAGCCAGUCCAAACAGCCCAAAGCUCUGUCGAGGUUAAAAGGAAUCUUAAUCGAGGCCAUCGCCUGGAACCCUUCUCAGCCCACAGCUUCAACACGUGAGAUCCUGGUCGGGGCGACCGACGGCAGUGUCUACGAGAUCUAUAUCGAGCCAUCAUCCGAGUUCUAUCGGCGCGAAGAACGGUAUUCCGCACAUGUAUGGAAAACAUCAGAUGGCGCCGUCUCCGGUCUCUGGGCCGAGACGAUUGAAGGGAGACCCGAUCUACGACGAGUGCUGGUGGCUUCGCACUCCCAUCUGUAUCACUGGUUAGGCAAAACCGGCGGCAGAGGCAAGGAGGGUUCCGCGUCAAUAUACGCGGAUCUCUUUGCGAAAGAGGCGCCUGUCAUACACGAGACUACCGGCGCAUCCUCCACCGCGCCGUCAUCCCUAUCUGUGUCACCUGAACCACCGAAUCCUGGAGCUGACCCCGACCGCAGUUUUGCCUGGCUCUAUUCUCAAGGCGUUCUCACCGGCAAGCUGUUGACCUCACCCGCGAUAUCCAGUCUCGGAACCCAAAUAUUCAGCGACGCAAAACUUCACCCCCGCGCCAUUUUCCCCGAGACAGUGUCUGCUCGUGGAGGGCGUAAACUCAUCCAAGAUCCAAUUGUUUCGACGAUUUUGUCCCAGUGGCAUGUUUUAGCUCUCGCCGAAGGGCGGGUCGUCGCCGUCAACCGGGUGGACGGAAGCGUGGUCUAUGACCAAGCCGUGCUGGAACCGGGCCAGAGUGCGCUCGGACUGGUGGCAGAUAUAAAAAAGAACACUUACUGGCUCUUCACCAAUCAGGAGAUCUUCGAGGUGGUGGCCAACGAUGAAGAACGAGAUAUAUGGAAGAUUAUGCUGAAAAAUCAAGAUUAUGACGCUGCUCUCCGAUAUGCCAAAGACGCCGCUCAGAAGGACUCUGUCGCGACGGCCUCAGGCGACUUUCUCGCCAGCAAAGGACAAUACCUUGAUGCGGCGAACGUGUGGGGAAAGAGUAGUAAAGCAUUCGAGGAGGUGUGCUUGUCUCUCGUCGACCACGGCCAAGACGAUGCUUUGCGCAAGUACUUGAUCGCCAAAUUGGGAUCAUACAAGAAGUCGUCCAUCAUGCAACGAGUCAUGAUCGCAACAUGGCUAGUCCAAAUCUUCAUGGCCAAGCUCAAUUCUCUCGAUGAUACGGUAGCGACCAAGGCCGAGCUGUCGGAAGACACGGAUGCUGGGGGUGCAAAGCGAGAUUUGGAACAGACCCGAGCGGAAUACCAAGACUUUGUAACCAAGCACAAGUUGGACCUCGAUGCACAGACGGUAUACGAGGUCAUUUCAAGUCACGAUAGAGAAGAGGAACUGCUCUUCUUCGCCAACAGCAUCCCCGACUACGAUUAUGUCCUGUCGUAUUGGGUGCAACGAGAAAAAUGGACCGAAGCGCUGUCGGUGCUCAACAAGCAGACCAAUCCGGACACGUUCUACCGCUACAGCAACGUGCUGAUGACCCAUGUAGCCACUGGAUUGGUAGAGAUCCUCAUGCGACGGAGCAACAUCGACCCUCAAAGGAUGAUCCCGGCACUCCUGAGUUAUAACGAGAACGCCAACGUGCCUUUGCACCAGAACCAAGCAGUGCGAUAUCUGAAUUUUGUGGUGUCAAACAACUUUGACGUGCCUGCUUCGGUGCACAAUGCACUCAUUUCGAUUAUGGCGUCACAUCCGUCGCCCUCGGAAACCACGCUGCUCACAUAUCUCGAAAGCCAGCCGACUCCUCCGUUGUACGAUGCUGAUUUUGCCUUGAGGCUGUGCAUCCAAAACAAUCGGGUUCAAUCUUGCGUCCAUAUCUACAGUGCGAUGGGACAAUACCAACAGGCGGUCGAACUGGCUCUUCAGCACGACGACAUUGAUCUGGCGGCCAUCGUUGCCGAUCGCAUUGAGGACAACGACAAGGUCAGAAAGAGACUCUGGUUGCUGAUUGCCGAGAAGAAAAUCAAGGAGGCGGCAUCGAUCAAAGAAGCCAUCGGUUUCCUGAAGCGAUGCGAAUUGCUGAAAAUCGAAGACCUGAUCCCCUUCUUCCCGGAUUUCGUCGUGAUUGACGACUUCAAAGAGGAGAUAUGCGAGGCACUGGAGGAAUAUUCGCGACACAUCGACAGCCUCAAGCAAGAGAUGGACCUGUCGCAGCAUACCGCCGAACAGAUCAAGGCGGAAAUCGCCGCGUUGGACCACCGAUACGCCAUCGUGGAAGCAGGGGAACGGUGUUGGAUCUGCACGUUGCCGGUCUUGAGCCGGCAGUUCUUCGUCUUCCCGUGCCAGCACGCAUUCCACAGCGACUGUCUAGGCAAACGAGUGCUUGAGACGUCGGGCGCCAGCCGAAGAAAGAGGAUCAAAGACCUGCAGACCGAGGUGAAUCAAGGGUUGAGCGUAGGAGUUCAGCGACAGAAGCUGGUCCAAGAGCUGGACGGCCUGGUUGCCGACCAGUGCGUGCUGUGUGGAGAGUCGGGCAUCAAGCAGAUUGACGAGCCUUUUAUCCAUGCAGAUGACGACGUGGAUGCGUGGGCGAUAUGA